AUGGCCAUUACCCACAUCACCUCGCUUCCAGAACUCAACAAGACCCUCUCUGCUUCGAGCACGAAGGUCUCGGUCAUUGACUUCCACGCAACUUGGUGUGGACCAUGUCAUGCCAUUGCGCCUACAUUUGAGGCCCUGUCGAAACAAUACAAGAACGUGAACUUCUUCAAAUGUGAUGUCGACGUUGCGAAAGAUGUAGCCGCCCAUUACACCGUUUCUGCAAUGCCAACAUUUAUCUUCCUCAAAGGCUCUACAAAGAUCGAUCAAGUGCGGGGUGCCAACAAAGCGGCACUCGAAGGGGCCUUAGCGAAGCAUGCUACUUCGUCGUCCAGUGCCUUCUCUGGCAAGGGCCACACGCUGGGAGGUGGAUCUGCUCCGGUCGAUCUCAAGCACGAAGCGCGUUCAGUAGCCAACCAAGCUUCUUCCGUGGUUACAGGCCUGACUCCACAGACGAAGGUCUUCCUGGGGUUAAUCGCUGCCUAUGCUUUCUUCUGGUAUCUCAGCUAA